CAUUUCUAUAAAAAGAACACCAUAAUUUAUAUAUUCCACCCAUUUGUUUACAACAUACACGUACGUCAACUACAAAAAUCAAUAAGAUGCCAUUGACAUAUUUAAAAGGCGAGAGCGGAGACAAAUUAAAGGUGAGAGAUAUAGACGGUGCCUAUACCUUUCCAUGGAACAGUCUAGAGAACCAUGAAGAGGAGUUUCGAUCGAUACCGAAUUGGAAAGCUAGAGAUGAUGACGUAAUGAUUUGUGUAUAUCCAAAAUCUGGCAAUCACUGGUCUUUUGAAAUCCUCAGUAUGCUGCUCUCCCAAAAGGCAGAACGUGUAGAAACGUGUAAACAAAGUGGUAUGCUUGACUGCAUUAGUCAGGAACAGUUUAAUAGCAUGCCAUCUCCGCGAGUUCUCAACACACAUUCGUUAUUUUCACAACUUCCGAUUGACUUUAGAAACAGGAAAUGUAAAAUCGUUCAUAUCAUUCGGAAUCCUAAGGAUGUUGCCGUAUCAUUCUUUCAUCAUCAUUUUGGACUAAAACCCUACGAAUUUGACGGAAAUUGGGAAUCAUACCUUCCACGUUUUAUGAAAGGAGAUGUUGACUACAACUCCUGGUUUGACUAUACAAAUGAUUGGGAGAAGACAAUAAUUGACAACCCAGAUUAUCCAAUUCAUAUCAUGUAUUACGAGGACAUGGUUGAGAAUAUCCAUGCUGAAAUAUUCAAACUGGCCAAUUUUCUUGAAGUAUGUACUCACAGUACAUUAGAUUUUAUCAACAGUAUUGCCUCCCUUUGUACGAUAGAUAAAAUGAGAAAUGAGAAAGCUUCUACUGGCGAGUUUUAUUGGAAAGAAGACAGCGCUGGUGUAUAUCGGAAAGGAAUUGUUGGAGAUUGGAAAUCCAUGUUUACUGUGACCCAGAACGAAAUAUUUGAUGAACUUUAUCAUACGCGGAUGAAUAAAUCCAAACUUAAUAUACGCUUCAGUAUACCAGAGAAAUUACCAGCAAAAAGUCGAUCUGUUUUUCACUAGACACAAGAGUUUCAAUGCCGCUUACUUACUGUUUGUUUGUGAGGGACAAUGUAUCUCGAGCAUCAUAUAAUGUUACAGGAGGGUUAAAAUCUAGCGUUGAACUUUUCUUUUAAAUUUUGGGCGUUUUUAUGCUUUCAACUGACUUUAGUAUUGAAUGUACUUUUAUCAACAGUCGUGGGAGUAAACUUUUAUCAACAGUCGUGGGAGUAAACUUUUAUCAACAGUCGUGGAAGUAAACUUUUAUCAACAGUCGUGGAAGUAAACUUUUAUCAACAGUCGUGGGAGUAAACUUUUAUCAACAUCGCGGGAGUAAACUUUUAUCAACAGUCGUGGGAGUAAACUUUUUGUUUUGUUUUAGGAUUUUAUAUUAGACACGUUAGCCAUUAACCUUAUUGUCAUCAAUAUGUUGUAUACGUAGAAUUGAAUAUGCAUUAUUAUAUAUGUUACUAUCGUAUCGCGAGAGUUGACUAAGAUAUUUGACUUUAUUUUUAUAAUUUAGUGAUAAAUUGUUUGUUUUUUUGGAUUUGGUUUACAAAUCAACACAAUUGUAUUUGUAAAUUCUACAUGUAUUUCGCACGAUUUGCAAAAUGUUUUGAAGAGGUGGACUCAUGUUUUGUGCAGCAAAGGUUAAUAUUUUCGUAUCAUUUUUUUCCCCUGUUAUCAUAUACUACGGGUCAACCUUGUGUCGUUGAUUAAGGAAUAUAUGUAUGAUUGGCUGGCAUAUGUCACUUGGAUUUUACUUCUACUAAAUCAAUUUCUUAAACAAAUUUCUAUUGGUUAUUUGUGGCGUUUGAUUUCUUUCUCAUUGGCCUAUUCCCCACAUCUCCUUUUAUUUAUAUGAUUAAAGGAAAGAAACAUACACUGUAUCACUAUGAAGCACACUCCAUAUACAUGUAUAAUAUACUAUAUAUAGAAUAAAUACUGGUACGUAAAGGUUAUAUAUUCCUUCUUCUACUGUUACUCAAAUCAUGACAUGUAAAACUCCACUUUGAUUAGACGUUAUACUUAGAAACACUUAACAACGACUCUUAGCAACAACAUAAAUUGUGACAAUAUAAAAAAAACAAAAAACAGGACAAUGACCUAAUUGUAGAAUUACAAAACCAAACCUUAAAAAAUAAUUAAAAUCUUGAGGAAAAUUGAAAACAAAUGAAUUAUGGUUGAAAGUAGUAGCUUUUACAACAAUUUUAACUGAAAAACUUUUUCUGAAGAUACAAGGUUUUAGUCUAUUCCCAAGUAAUGAUGUACGAGAUUUGCACACUUUUUUUACUUUUAGGAUUGCAUAGUUAUAACCAGUCUGACUGGUGACACAAUGCCUUGAACUAGUUUAAAAAAAUUUAAGAUGAUAGUUAAGUUUUUAUUUGAUCUGUUACCCUAACAUUAUACUGAGGUGAAAAGGAAACAGUCGGUUCCUUUAUUGUCAAAUUUAUAAGACAUAUUGUACUAUUAUAAAUAAGGUGAUAUUGUGUACUGUGCCUUAGUACGCUUAUCUCAUACUAGUAUAUGAAUACAUAUUUUAUAAUAAAAAAAGUGACAUAUAA